GCGUAUUUCAACAUGCACAAUUUAUGAUUACCCUAGAGGUUACGCCAAUGCGAGGCGCAGCGGCGCCGGCUUCCUUCUCCCUCGAUCUUCCUUCUGCCCUUCUCACAGCAGAAAAACCCGUUCGCCGGGAGUGAACGCUUCAUCAUAGCGCGCGAGAUGCAAAAGGGGUGGAACCUACAUAUCGCGCGACGAGUGGCGUGGGAGUGGUCUCGUGCGAGCUAAAGUCCGCCCCUUUUCGCGACGUUGCCGUUGAUCCAGGCCUCGUCGCCAGGCGGCGCUGCCAAACACCCGGGAUUGGACUCGGCCUUGCCGAGUACCCUCACUCCGUAUCGCGGCUCCGGCUCGUCGGAACCGUUCGGACUUACCUUGGCGCAGCAGAGUUGUCCCUCGUCUCGUGCGCAUCAAGCUCCGUUUGCCGUCGCGUCCGUUCUUUACGGAGCACAUGGUCCCGGAAGAUCACCCCUACACUAACAGGACGUUCCUCCUGGGAGUAAAGGAACAGUUACGAAUGGGUGAUCUUUUAUCAGUGUGACCAGUGAAGGAAUUGGUUCAGUGCGCGAACCCUCAAUUUGGUGUUCGUUUUCUCGUUGUUGCCGCCAGUGUACCGGGGCGAUAUGGAGUAUGGACCGCGACGUACGAAUUCUGGAUUGUCGAUGGUACGUCGAUGACAGUAGCAGACCUCAGUGUUAAUCUGUGAAGUGGGUGUUACUCGCGUAUGAAUUCGUGAACUGUCAUCGACUACGUUAAAGAAUCGCGAAAUGCACCUGUGAGGCUUUUCCCCUCGACUAUUCUUGAAGGUGUCGCGGAGGGCUUCAACCCCCCCACGUUAGUGUCGUGAUAUCGGGAGUGUUGCGGGGGGAGUAACAAGAGAAGAGAGGACGAGGGUGGACGACGCGGUAGAGGUGGAAGGAAGAGAGGACCGGAGCCACAGCGGACGCCAUCUCCGCGUUAUCGGCAAGCGGACCCCUCGGGACUCCCCCCCGAGUAACAUCGGCGUCGCGCACCCUCGGCGGGAACUACCCCGCGACAGCGGCCACCCUGAUGGGAGUGUAUGAGGAGCGCGCCCCUCCUACCACCGGCAUGCACUGGCAGCCGCCCAGCUCGCAGGAGCGUGGCAGCGGCCUGGCUGUGGGGCGCCAGGGGGGACCCGGUAGCACGGGGGGGCCCGGUGCGGUGGACCAGGCGCGGGAUCUGAGUCCUUGUCUUCCCGCGUCGAUGGGCGAUGCUGCACGACCUACCACUCUACCGUGCAGUCCUCCUGCCGCCCAUCACCACGGGUCCCAUCAUACGCCCCUGCAUCAGACCCACUGUGGCACCAAUAACAACUGUUACGACGGCUCGACCACCCCUUAUGAAUCGAGGGACUACGACUCACCUGGAGCGGGCGGACAGGACUACAGAGGCAGCGGUGGUAACUUCGAGAACGCCAAUGACCUAAGUAUGCCGUCGCAGACCGCGCACCACCACCACCACCACCACCACCAUCAUCAUCAUCAGCAUCAUCAUCCCCAUCCCCCGCAGUCGCACUCCCAGGAACAGCAAACCACGAUGGAACACUUGCACGCUAUCCCGAAGUUGGAGCCGCCGCCCACGCCACCCUCGCAAUCCGAGGAUGUUCCGGGGAACGUGGUCUGCGCGGGAUGCGGCCUCAAGAUAUCGGACAGGUUCUACCUCCAGGCCGUCGACAAGAGGUGGCAUGCCGCGUGCCUCCAGUGCUCGCACUGUCGCCAGGGUCUUGACGGGGAGGUCACUUGCUUCAGCAGGGACGGCAACAUCUAUUGCAAGAAGGAUUACUAUCGGAUGUUCGGCAGCAUGAAGCGGUGCGCGCGCUGCCAAGCGGCGAUCCUGGCGUCGGAACUGGUGAUGCGCGCGCGCGAGCUCGUCUUCCACGUGCGUUGCUUCUCGUGCGCGGCGUGCGCGGUGCUCUUGACGAAGGGCGAUCACUUCGGCAUGCGAGACGGCGCCGUGCUCUGUCGGCUGCACUACGAGAUGGGCGCCGAGCUGCACCCGGCGCAGAGCCCGCCAGUCCCGGUUUACCCGCCCGGACCGCACUACCCCGGCCAACCCUUCCCCUCGCCCGAGUACCUCCAUCAUCAUCAUCAUCAUCACCAUCAACACGCGCCACCGCACCCUCAUCACUCGAUGCAUCCCCAGCACCCGCACAGUCAUGUCAGCCCGGUGCCGUUGCAACCAUCCACGCCCUCCAUACCCGACGCCUCAUCGCCCCCGAAGGUGCCCUACUUCAAUGGCGCCGCCGCCGUGGUCCCGCCGCCCAGGCAGAAGGGCAGGCCUAGGAAGAGGAAGCCCAAGGAUCUUGAGACUAUGACCGCGAGUCUUGACUUAAACGCGGACUACAUAGACAUGCCCUUCGGCAGAGGGGGACCCGGGACCCCCGGUAUCCCCGGCUCCAACAGCAGGACGAAACGGAUGAGAACGAGCUUUAAGCAUCACCAGUUAAGGACGAUGAAGAGCUACUUCGCGAUCAAUCACAAUCCCGACGCGAAGGACCUGAAGCAGCUUUCUCAGAAGACUGGCUUGCCAAAAAGGGUGUUGCAGGUCUGGUUCCAGAACGCGCGGGCAAAAUGGCGGCGCAUGGUGCUGAAGCAGGAGGGCAAGUCCGACAAGUGCGACGGCGGGGUGGACGGCGGUAAUCUCGGCGACCUUGAGCUCUACGGAAACAGCACCGGAAGCGGCGGGCCGCCGAUGAGUCCGCCCUUCAUGCUCGGCGGUCCUCACAGUCCCGCGUCCCUGGCGUCCCUGGACUGCGCGUGAUCCUUGACGGGAUCCCAAUCCGUGCUCUCCGGCUAGCGUCCUUCCUGUCCUGCGACGGGAUACCGGACGUAUUUGGACGUACGCCCUUCCGGACGGUUUCUCACGUGAGUGAAAUCGCCCCCCUCCCACCCCUCGCGAGUGCGUGAAGAAACGAUAAGUUGAACGAAUAUAAUCGGCGAGCGUGUAAAAAGAAGAGAGGAAGAGAGCGUUUCCGCGAACGGAAACCUUUCGGGUUUACGGAUUAACGAGGAUCAAUCGAGGAAGACUCGAGAGGAAUGCAUUUUCGAGACCGACUUUCCCCCCUCGGUCGAGUUGUGCGGUUUCUUGUCAACGACAGACGAAACGGACGAAGAGUUCGUUUCUCGUCUCCCGCAAGCCGAAAAUCGGCACUUCUCGAGGAGCUUGCCUCGAAUCGAGACGAUGUAAAAUUCGAUGACCCGCCGACGGCGUGGAUCGGUUUAAUCGAUAGUAUCGUUGUAUUUAUUGUUUAUUAGCUCGAAUUGCGGCACUCCGGCUGCAUCGCACCGCGCCAGCGGAACACUAAUGUCGUUCGUGUUGGGCAAUGUAAUUAUAGUGAACGAGAUCUAUUUAUUCGCCUAAGUCUAAUUAAGAAUCGCGAACAUUACCAGUGCUGUGUGAAAGUUCGGCGUUUCGCGAGUCCUCGUCAAAGUGUCGUCGUUUCCUGAGCAAAAGGAUCAUCCCUCGACGAUCCUGCAUUCACGUUUGGAGAGCAUUGACUGUAUUGAUCAAUGAAUUAAUUUAUAUAUAUACUGUUUGCCAUUAUCUAGAUAAAGAAGUAACUUUAUCUACAUCUUUACUUAGAUUAUUGAAAUAAAUUAUCUUUACACA